AUGACCGGUCCUGGGCGAUCACCCUCCUCGCCAUGGGCGCAGGCUCCCCAGGGGUAUUCCCACGAUAACCGGACCGCGUCAUCCUUCCAUCCCGUCUUAUCUCCAUCGCAGACUGGCUUGCCGUUGACCAGUUCUGAACAACCCAGCCCCAAUUACUUCGGUCUCAAUGUCGAAAACUCCAGUAACCCACUAAACUCGAACCCCGGUUUGCACACGCAGAAGAACUGGGGCUCUGGUCCCAGCCCGCAGUCGUCUCUUCCAAGUCCUAAACUGCAGUACUACUCUCAAGCAUCCGUCUCGGAUGGACUGGUCAACUUGUUGAGAUCCGAGUCCGAUAUCGAGAAAGGACGUCGCGAAUCCGCCCUCCAGAGGCAUGCUUCAAAUGGCCACGCACCAUUCCUGAAGGAUGCAAAGCCAUCGUAUUCUUAUGUGGGCCGCGAUGACGUGAGCAAUAAUCGAAUGCAGGGAUAUUCGAGUGGGAAUGGACUAGCACCUGAGCAAAGGCAAGGGUCUAUUUCACAUGUGGAUACGACAUCCAUAUCGUCUCGAUGGAUUACGUCCGAUCGAUGUGCCCAUCUCCUCCAAUCGGGCCCCGAGAAAGUUCUUUUGCUGGAUGUCCGCGCGUACACGUAUUUUGCGCAGGCCAACAUUAAAGGGUCACUGAACCUCUGUAUCCCGACCACCCUUUUGAAGCGUCGUUCGUUUGACACGAAGAAAAUCGAAGGGACAUUCACCAACGACAUCGAUAAGCAGCACUUUGCCGAAUGGAAAGUGCGUAGCAUGAUAAUCGUGUAUGAUUCAAACACCGCCGAUGCAAAGGACGCCGCCCCACUUUUGAAUGUCAUCAGCAAAUUCGAAGCGGAGGGCUGGGAAGGUGAAGGCUUGAUCCUACAAAAUGGCUUCAAGGGGUUCUCGAGUCGGUUUCCGCGAUUGGUAUGUCGGCCACAGAUCCAGACGGCAGGACCGUCCCCGAAAAAGCGAUCCUCCAUGAAUAUCAAUCUUGGUUCCGUUGCCCCCGUUGUUGGAGGGUGUGCUCUUCCGGAGUCUUCGUCGGCGGCCAACCCUUUCUUCGCAAAUAUUCGUCAAAACAUGGAUCUCAUGGGAGGAGUUGGGCAAAUUGCCUUGAAACUUCCAGAUCAUAUGACAGAACCCCGGCGGCAAAAUCUUCCUCCGUGGUUACAGGUGGCCUCUGACGCUAAAGAUCAGGGUCGAAUCGUCUCCGAGAAGUUCUUAGACCUCGAGAAAAAGGAGUUAGAACGCAUGAAGCAAGCUUUAUCUUACGAAGAGCCCGCGGCCGCUGCCGGGGGUGCGGCCCAGAAAUACCGUGUCGCAGGUAUUGAGAAAGGUACAAAGAAUCGGUACAAUGACAUCUAUCCAUUCGACCAUUCCCGGGUGCGGCUUGAAGGUGUGCCACUGGGCGAUUGUGAUUAUGUGAAUGCGAAUCACAUCCAGGCCGAGCUUAGCAACCGGCGAUACAUCGCCACCCAGGCGCCUGUUCCGGAUACAUUUAAUGACUUUUGGCGUGUGGUUUGGGAGCAAGACGUUCGACUCCUCGUGUCUUUGACUGCUGAAAUGGAGCGUGGACAGGUGAAAAGUCACCCGUACUGGCGAUCCGGUAAAUAUGGGCCAUUCAAGGUGAAAGCGUACUCGGAGCGAUUCAUCAACGUUGAGUCCAAGGGCCGACCCGUCGACCUUGCGAUGAAGGACUCGAACUUAGUUGGCAGCCAAGCCCGAAGCCCGGAUGAAUCUAAUGAGAACCCGGUCAUCAUCGUCCGCCAUUUCAGCAUUCAACACUUGAACUUCCCCUUCGAGCCCUUACGAGACAUCACGCAGAUCCAUUAUCCUUACUGGCCAGAUUUCGGUACCACCUCCCAACCUACACAUCUACUCAACCUAAUCGAGCAAUGCAAUAAGGUCAUUCGUGCCACGAGCGAGCCUAAAUUUGGCAGCCAGGAGCCUGAGCCGCAGGGUCAACGACCAAUCUUGGUACAUUGCAGUGCGGGAUGUGGACGCACGGGAACGUUUUGCACGGUCGACAGUGUGCUGGAUAUGCUGAAGCGACAGCGAACACGAAACAAAUUUGCUGAUUCAACGGACAUCGCCUCGGGGCUUCCAGAUCCCAACUUGGAUCUGAUCGCGAAGACAGUCGAGGAUUUCCGGACUCAACGGCCUAGUAUGGUGCAAAACCUUAGUCAAUUUGUCCUUUGUUACGAAAGCGUGCUUGAGUGGGUUGCGUCGCAGGACAAGGACUCAUGA